UCUUCUCCAUGUCUCUGUUUCUCUCUUAACUCUCAAGUCUCUCAACAUGUCGGGAGCUAUAACUUGCUCUGUGGCCGAUCUCUCCGUCCUACUCGGUCCCAACGCCACGGCAGCAGCAGACUAUAUUUGCGGUCAGUUGGGUACCGUUAACAACAAGUUUACCGAUGCAGCCUACGCCGUGGACAACACCUACCUCCUCUUCUCGGCUUAUCUUGUCUUCUCGAUGCAGCUCGGCUUCGCUAUGCUUUGUGCUGGCUCUGUUAGAGCCAAGAAUACAAUGAACAUCAUGCUCACUAAUGUCCUUGACGCUGCAGCCGGAGGACUCUUUUACUAUCUCUUUGGUUAUGCCUUUGCCUUUGGUGGAUCCUCAGAAGGAUUCAUUGGAAGACACAAUUUCGCUCUUAGAGACUUCCCAACUCUCACAGCCGACUACUCUUUUUUUCUCUACCAAUGGGCGUUCGCAAUCGCCGCCGCUGGAAUCACAAGUGGUUCGAUCGCGGAGAGGACACAGUUUGUGGCUUACUUGAUAUAUUCGUCUUUCUUAACUGGAUUUGUUUAUCCGGUUGUCUCUCACUGGUUCUGGUCCCCAGAUGGAUGGGCCAGUCCCUUCCGUCCAGCUGAUGAUCGUUUGUUUAGUACCGGAGCCAUCGAUUUUGCUGGCUCUGGUGUUGUUCACAUGGUUGGUGGCAUAGCAGGUCUGUGGGGUGCUCUAAUCGAAGGUCCUCGUCGUGGUAGGUUCGAGAAAAGUGGACGGGCCAUUGCUCUACGUGGCCACUCAGCCUCGCUCGUUGUCUUAGGAACCUUCCUCCUAUGGUUCGGUUGGUAUGGUUUUAACCCUGGAACCUUCCUCCUAUGGUUCGGUUGGUAUGGUUUUAACCCUGGUUCUUUCACCAAGAUACUCAUCCCGUAUGAAUCUGGUUCCAACUACGGCCAAUGGAGCGGAAUCGGCCGCACAGCGGUUACAACCACACUCUCAGGAUGCACAGCAGCUCUAACCACACUCUUUGGAAAACGUCUCCUAUCAGGCCAUUGGAACGUAACCGACGUUUGCAACGGUUUACUAGGUGGAUUUGCGGCCAUAACCGCAGGUUGCUCCGUGGUAGAACCAUGGGCAGCGAUUGUCUGCGGCUUCAUGGCUUCACUCGUCCUUAUAGGAUGCAACAAGCUUGCCGACCUCGUACGAUAUGACGAUCCGCUAGAGGCGGCCCAACUACACGGAGGAUGCGGCGCGUGGGGUUUGAUAUUCGUAGGAUUGUUUGCAAAAGAGAAGUAUCUAAACGAGGUUUAUGGCGCGACCCCAGGAAGGCCAUAUGGACUAUUUAUGGGCGGAGGUGGGAAGUUGUUGGGAGCACAAUUAGUUCAAAUACUUGUGGUCAUAGGAUGGGUUAGUGCCACCAUGGGAACACUCUUCUUUAUCCUCAAGAAGCUCAAUCUGCUUAGGAUCUCGGAGAAGGAUGAGAUGCAAGGAAUGGAUAUGACACGGCACGGUGGGUUUGCUUAUAUCUACCAUGAUAAUGAUGAUGAGUCUCAUAGAGUGGACCCUGGAUCCCCUUUCCCUCGUUCGGCUACUCCUCCUCGCGUCUAAUUUUUCAAGCUUUUUAAAUUGUAAUUUAUUACUAUUAUGUAUUGUUGAUUGUUGGAGCUUUGCUUUUUGAAAUACAAAUCUUGGAUAAUUUUUGUUUGUUUUGAGUGAUCCUAUCAUGUUUCUGUGUUUA